AGAAUGCGCAAAGGAAAUUUUUCAUUUGAAAUUCUUGUUGACAAUGAAAUACUACCAGAAUAUGAGAUGCAAUCGAGUGAUAAGUCUAAGCAGACCAGAUCUAGAGAAAAUCAGAAAAUAACUUAUGUAGCGGUUCCACGUUCUACUUGUCACUUUUGCAUAAGAGUUGGAGUUCUCUCUCCUUUAGGCUCAAUGGUUUAUAAAGGAAUACAUUAUGUCGACGGUCAAAACGAUGAUACAUAUAUGGAACUUGAUCCCUUAAAUGAAGACCCUUAUACAUAUAUAUACGGUUUCUAUAACUACGACAAGACAAUUUUUCACAAAUUCAAAUUUGAUACGAGUUAUUGGAAUGAGCAUAAUAUUUUUGUUUCAAAUAUUCCAACAAGAUGUACAAAAGAGCCUAUUGUUAAGAAAGACUUUGGAGUGAUGUCUGUUUAUAUAUUUCCUGCCGAAAGACUACCAGGGCAAAGAUUUAUGACACAAUGUCAGAAUAAUCAAGAAGUGAUGCCAGAGUUACCGGAUAACGUUGAUCCUUUGGAUGUAAUUUUUUUAGAUGAACCACAGAAGGAGCCUAUGCCAAACUUAAAAGCUGUCUCUGACAAACCGAUUGCUGAAUUACAUAUUCGUUAUCAAACGAAAGAAUGGCUGCGGGAUAAAGGAUUUUCAAUUGAAUCUCCAGUAUUGUCUAAUAUUCCAAAUCCUACGCUGUUUGAAGAUCAAGGGUCUAAUGAUGAGAGUGAAUUAAACUUGGAAGAAUCUGAAGACGGCGAAGAGAAAGAAUUUAACAAAGUUUUUGUAACGAUAGAUGAUCAAAACUUUUCAUCAGUAAUUUAUAAUAAUGAUAUGGAAAUUGAAAGCAAUCACAAUUUUGAAGAUGAAAUUGGGACAAAAGUUCUUGAAGAUGAAGAAUUUGGAAGCAAGUGUAUUAAAGAAAAAAACAGAGCUGAAAGUGAGAAUCCGAAUCAUAAGGUUGUCAGAAAGAAUACGAAAAGUAGUAUACUCGGUAAAAAAAUCACAGCAGAAAGUAAUAUGGUAAAUGAAGUUCAAGUGGUUAUUGAUAACAGGUUGAAUGGGAGGUUGAAAGAGAGAUAUAGCGAGAAAUUUAGUGAUAAAUUUCGAGAGGACUCAAUUAAUGAUAAGGAAGGGAAAAGAACAAACAUUAAUAAUAUUAUACGGGGUGAAGAUGGAAAAGGCGAAAUGGUUAUUGAUAAAGUUGAACUUGAAAAUGAUAAAAAGAAACAUAAGAGCAAGAAGAUAAAAUAUUAUAGCGAUUCGAGUAUUGAUUGGAAUAGUGACGAUAGAAGUGAUUACAGCGAUUCUUCCAGUAAUGAUGAAUUUGUUUCAUUGUCAAAGAAGAGACUAAGAACAUCCCCAUCUUUGUGCACGGGCAUUAUCUGCGCCAGUGAGGAGUUAUCCGAGGCCAGAUUAUUGCUAAUUGCAAACUAUACCAAUAUACGUCUUUACGACGCCUGCAAAGGUGUCGGAAAGCAAUAUUUGGAAGGGGGAAACCCUUUAUUAAGAAUUAUUAGCGGGUUUGGAGAUGCUUCAAUACAAGAUCAAUUAUUAGCUGAAGUCGAACAUUUACCUUCCAUCGUUUUAUCCGAUCGUCAAUUAUGCGAUUUGGAAUUAAUAAUGAAUGGAGGUUUUUCUCCAUUGGAAGGUUUUAUGAAUCAGAAGGAUUAUCAACGUGUCGUUAAAGACCUCCGAUUAAGUAAUGGAUUAUUGUUUUCUAUGCCAGUUACUCUUGAUGUAUCGCAGCAAGAUAUUGAUAGUUUAGGUUUGAAACCGAAAAAAAGGGUAAUUUUACGUGAUCCUCGUGAUGAUGCACCAUUAGCCAUUAUAACUAUACAAGACAUAUAUACACCUGAUAAAAUUGAAGAAGCUACCAAAGUUUUUGGUGAUAAUGAUAUCGCGCAUCCUGGAGUAAAAUAUUUACAUGAACAAACGAAACAAUUCUAUGUGGGUGGUUCUAUUGAAGCCAUUCAAGCUCCAAAUCAUUACGAUUAUGUUGCUCAUCGAUACACUCCGGCCGAACUUCGUGCUCAUUUCAAAAAACUUAAUUGGACUCGAGUCGUUGCUUUUCAAACACGUAAUCCUAUGCACAGAGCUCAUAGGGAGUUAACAGUUCGAGCAGCACGUAAUAGGCAAGCAAACGUUUUGAUUCAUCCUGUUGUUGGUUUAACCAAACCAGGUGAUAUCGAUCAUUAUACAAGAGUGAGAGUUUAUCAAGCUCUUAUGCCUAAAUACCCUAAUGGAAUGGCUGCAUUAAGUUUAUUGCCAUUGGCCAUGAGAAUGGGAGGUCCAAGAGAAGCCGUUUGGCAUGCCAUCAUUAGAAAAAAUUUUGGUAAUACGCAUUUUAUUAUUGGAAGAGAUCAUGCUGGACCUGGAAAGAAUUCUAAAGGUUCCGAUUUUUAUGGUCCUUAUGACGCGCAGAAACUUGUCGCGGAAUAUAAAGAUGAAUUAAAAAUUGAGGUGGUACCAUUCCAAAUGGUAACAUAUAUUCCUGACUCAGAUGAGUAUAUGCCAGUGGAUGAAGUACCAGAAGGUACAACGACAUUAAAUAUUUCUGGCACAGAACUAAGGAGAAGAUUAAGAACGGGUGGUAAUAUCCCUGAAUGGUUUUCCUAUCCUGAAGUUGUAAAGGUUUUAAGGGAAACCCAUCCUCCAAGAUCUAAACAAGGAUUUACAUUGUUUUUAACCGGUUAUUAUAAUUCUGGUAAAAAUUCUAUUGGCAAAGCUUUGCAAGUCGUGUUAAAUCAACAAGGUGGUAGAUCCGUUUCUUUAUUAUUGGGUGAAACUAUUAGACAUGGAAUUUCUUCUGAUCGGGAUCAAAACAUAGCUCGUAUAGCUUUUGUAUCGGCGGAACUUACAAAAGCUGGUGCAGCUGUUAUUGCAGCCCCAAUUGCUCCAUUUGCUGAAGCACGUGCUAAUGCUAAAACGCAUAUUGAAACCUAUGGAGGUUUCUAUUUAAUUCACGUUAAUACUCCUCUUGAACAUUGUAUCAAGACUGACAGAAAAGGUGUUUACAAGAAAGCACAAUCUGGUGAGAUAAAAAAUUUCACUGGAGUUGAUGAUCCUUAUGAAGCACCAACUGAUGCAAGUAUCGUCGUUGAUGUUAGUAAACAAAGUAUUAGUGAAAUUUGUCAUCAAAUUGUAUUGUUACUUGAAAAAGAUGGGUAUAUUGGAGAAAGAUAA